UUGGGCCUUAGACCGUCGAUAUCAAUCGGAGGCUUCUCAUGUGGAUGGAUUAGUCGAGUCGUUCAAACACGGUUAAUGCAAAUUUUCGUGAACUUUGAAGAACACAAAAGCGGCCAUCUCUGUCAUGGCCAUUUCUCAAUUGAAUCAGCUAUAUGCAUCUGCUUCUCCUACUCCUCACGAAAAAGGCAGAACAUGUAGAUACGCGGGUCAAGCAGUGAGAGCUCUUCCUAUACGAGUAAUAACAGUUGGGAAAAAGAGAUCAGAAGGUGUUCGACUCUUGGUCGAUGAAUACAAAACCAAGCUUAAACCUUAUUGCUCCUUUGAAGAUUCAUUGGUUCGCUCCAAUCCUCGAAAUGCUCAGGAUGUUAGAGCUCAGGUUGAGGAUGAAGAGGUGGCUAUGAUGAAGCUUAUUGGGUCUGAUGAUUGGGUUGUGGUGCUUGACGAGAGAGGCCGUGACAUUGAUUCAGAGGCCAUGGCUGAGUUACUAGGGGAUGCCGGAAAUAGUGGAGCUUCGCGGAUCUCGUUUUGUAUAGGUGGAGCUUAUGGACAUGGAAGACAAGUGAGGAAGCGAGCUAAUGUGACCAUUAGACUUUCCUCCAUGGUCCUGAAUCAUCAGAUUGCUCUUGUGGUGCUGAUGGAACAGCUUUACAGGUCAUGGACUAUUCUCAAGGGACAAAAUUACCAUCAUUGAUGAUGCAUGGAUCUCUACUUUUUGGUUGCUUUAUCGUGUACAAAGAAGCUGCAUUGCUAAAAAGCUUCUCUGCUGGUAGUUGUAUGAGAAAUUGUAUAUUGUACGACGGAAGUUUGCUAUCCAAAUUUGUUUGCUUCUGAUCUAGAUUAGAUUCUUGUCGUCGAGUGGGACUUCUGUUUUUGUUUGUUGCAUAACUAUUGUUGUGGUCAUAUAAGGAUUGAAUGAAUGCGGAAGCAAAUG